GUCCUUACUUUGGGGGGGCUGCGGGCGGGCAGGCAGCUCCGGAGGCCGGCGGAGGGAUACCAGGGAGCCGAGGCGAGGUAUAUAAGAGUCGCGUCACGGCAGCCGGAUCCUCUUUCGUCUCCUCGGCGGCAAGAUGACGCGGAAGAGGCGCAACAACGGGCGCGCCAAGAAGGGGCGCGGGCACGUGCAGCCCAUCCGCUGCACCAACUGCGCGCGCUGCGUGCCCAAGGACAAGGCCAUCAAGAAGUUCGUCAUCCGCAACAUCGUGGAGGCCGCGGCCGUGCGCGACAUCUCCGAGGCCUCCGUCUUCGACUCAUAUGUGCUGCCCAAGCUGUACGUGAAGCUGCACUACUGCGUCAGCUGCGCCAUCCACAGCAAGGUGGUGAGGAACCGCUCCCGUGAAGCCCGCAAGGACCGCACACCCCCACCCCGCUUCCGUCCCGCAGGUGCUGCCCCCCGGCCCCCACCCAAGCCCAUGUAAGGAGUUGGUGCUGGAGAUGGAGAUCCAGCAUGGAUUAAUAAAUGAGUUAUACUUGC